AUGGAUCGACAAAAUGAGGCGGCGAUGCUCGAGAUCGCGAUGGAGCAGAGCAUAAUUACGGCCGCGAAUGAGGCUCGAGCUCGUGCGGUUGAGAUUUGGAAACGCGAAUUUCCUACGCUGUCUGAAGACACGAUUCGCAACUAUAUUCACAUGGAUGAGGGCCCUCUGCGCGCAAAGUUUAAUGAGCUUUCGCAAGUUCUUCAAGGAAAACGUGGCACGAAAGUGCAAAGGAAGAUCGAACGUCCGCAGAGGCUUGCUGUGCCCAUUAAUCUCAAUAUUGAUUUCGACAAAAUUCACUCGGAACAAAUGAUCGAAGCUGUUUGGUCGGAACUCGUCCGCAGGAUGUCUUUUGUGUCCAACAACCCGGAACAGCAGAGGGAUGAAAAAGACGAAUGCUCGUUGUCGUUCUUCCUUCGCGACAGCUUUGUCACGGUCAAAAUGAGCGCCGUCAAUCGAUUGCUGAAGGGUGAUUUCUACUGUAGCAUCCUGAUUCUCGCGCUGACAGAGAUGGGACUCGGCGAUCGACUUCUGAAGGCGCAAUUUUUGCCAAACGAGGUAUGCUUGCGGGGAAUCGACGACAUCAUCCUGAACGCGACGGAGACGCACCAGCGCAGGACUGAGGCCCAGAGCGUCCGCCGGGCCAAGCUCCCCUACUUUGCAGAGCAAAUGUGGGACAACUUCCUGCAGCUCAAGAAUUUCGACUACAAGAAUGAGAUGAUGAAUCUGACACGCUUUGACUGUCCGGUCUGCUUCGAGACGUUCAACCGCUACGACGGUAUCCACUGCUCGCAAUCUGACGUUGAUAAGGAAGACCCCGAAUUCUGCCACCUGUUCUGCGAGGUAUGCGUCCGACAUCACACCUUGGCCUCGAUGGAGGAGAUCAACUUUGUGGACAGCGUCGGCGUCAAGUGCCUCCAGCCGGGCUGCAAGGGACACAUCUCGCUCCCUCGUUUGCUGCUGAUCCUGGAUGCCGAGGAGAAAGCGACGCUCGAGAAGCAGUUCACGUCGGCCGUGCUGAUGAAUGCCGGCCAGAAGGAUUUCUUGCGAUGCGCCAAAUGCGACUUCGGGUUCGCCAACAUCGACGACCGCGAUUGCAUCGAGAUUCUGAACUGCCAAAAUCCCGCCUGCAUGUUCCGUCAGUGCAGGAAUUGCGAUCGUGCCUAUGAUGGGCGUCACGUUGGUAGGACCUGUGCCGAAUUGGCCAACGCACAAGAUGCCGCCCGGAAGCGAGAGGAGGAAGAGCUCACUCGCCUCAUGAUCCGCAUCUGCCCAAAGUGCAACCGGGAAUUUGUUCGCGACUCUGGCUGCAACAAAAUGACGUGCCCGUGUGGCGUGACCCAGUGCUACCUCUGCCGCGCUAGCCCCAUCGGCUACGACCACUUCAAAAAUGGCACUUGUGCCCAGAAUACGGACGAUCUCCAGGUGCAGCGCCGCGACGAACAGUUGCGCCAGGCGCGCAUCAAAGCCGCCGCCAAGGAUGAACUUCUUCAAGAACAUGCCAAGCGCUGGGAA